UGAAGGACAGCCGGGGCACAUCUAUAUUUGUGCCAUUGCUCAUUGCUGGCAUGUCCCUAUCGGAGCAAAGAGGCAGGCUAGGGUUACUGCAAUGCAUCUUCCAACUGCAGUCAUAGGAAAGUGGCGAGGAAUUGCUUUCGUGUGAAUUAAUUUUUACUAGGGGAAAUAGAAGUGAACUUUGAUGCCAUCUGAGCUAUCAGAAGAAUUUUAUGACGUCUUAAGAUAGAAGGCAAGUUUUUAGGUAGUAACAUUCUUUGUUAUAUAUUUACGAUAAUUGACGGUCACGGACUUAAACAUGCUUCGUGUAAUUGUAUCUGUGCCUGUAAACUGAGCAAACACUGAGCAAUCAUCUGAAAAUCUUAUUUAGGCAGCAGGGUUCCAGACAAACUUAAUUAUGCUCAUUUUAAUUUAUUUUAUUUUAUUUCAUUUUGGUAGGAAAAAUACAUGUUAAUUCACUUUUCUAAUUAGUAGUAGCUUCUAAAGCAAGUCUUACUGUUAUAAUUAUGGUGGGAAAAGCCUUUGCGGGAGCCAGACAACAUUUUCUGAUUGAGACUCGACAUCUCAAAAGCCUUGCUGACAAUACCAAUGUCAUCCAGAUCUGGCAGCACAAGAGAGUAUGAAACUAGUAGCCAGUCACGUGGCCAUUCAGCUUCCCCACCAGUCCCAGAGUCUAAUGAGACUGAGUCUGAAGGUUUGAUAUUUUAUCACAUGGAUCUUUAUGGAUCAAAGGAGAGGUUUGAUAUCUUUCCUGAAGAGCUGUCUGGUCGAGAAGACAGAUCUCUGGGGGAUACAAGAAGAGAAUCUGUAUUGAGUAGUGAAAAAGUUCAGUGCUCACAAGAAAUUGGCUACGACAUGGAAAAGGAGGUUGCAGAGCUGGCUAAGAUGUAUGGACUUGAUGAGGAUAAAGAAAAAGAGCUUGAGCUUCUUGGAGGACGCGUGGAGAUGGAGAGCAGAUGGCCACCUGCUCGCACCAAAAAAGCAGGAUCACAAGGCUCCACAUAUAACGCAUCAAAAAGCAACGCUUCAGUGAAAGAUCAAAGUCAAAGCACAAAGCAACAAGGACUUCCUGGCGAGGCUUCUCAAGAUGAAGAUCAGAGCAAAACCAGAGCAGAUGAUGAGGUUGAGAGCAACAUAUGGUCCAGAGAGGGGCUUAGCAGUGGCGGCAUGUCAGAUGAGUGGAACAGUCAGGCUGUCAGUGAGGAGCAGGAGGAGGAGGAAGAGGAGGAAGUGGCGAAUGUUUUUUGUUCUACCUGCAAGAUACCAAUCCGAGCUUUUGACAAACUAUUUGGUGAACACAAGGAUCAUGAGGUGACUCAACUGCCCAAUGCCUUGGAAAGUGAAAAGGAAGAGAUUCAUAAAAACAUGUGCAAGUUAGAAGAACAGAUUGCUCAGAUGGAAAAUGUUGCCAGUCAUUUGGAGGAAAUCUUCCUCACUGUAGAGGAAAAUUUUGGGAGGCAGGAGCAGAACUUUGAGGUGCAUUACAACGACGCAGUACAAGUGCUUGCUCAAAAGUAUGAAGAACAGCUGGAAGCACUGGGGGAAGAGAAGAGGCAGAAGCUGGAAGCUCUAUAUGAGCAGCUGGUCAGUUCUGGGAAACUUCUCGACACCUGCAAGGAACUGACAGACAAAACCCAUGAACUUUUCCUGGAAAAUGACAAAGCUGAAUUUAUGAAGGCAGCAGUAACCAUGGUUGACAGGCUGGAAGAAUUCUUAAAGCAAGAAGUGAAUUUAGAGCUUUCAACACUGCCAGACUUUGAAGAGCGGGUCAUAGAUUUCUCUGAAGUUGAACAACUCAUGAACUCCAUUAAUGCUAUUCCAGCUCCUUGUGCCCCUGUGAUCAAUCCCCAGGCUCCAAAUGCAGCAACUGGCACCUCACUGAGAGUUUGCUGGGGCCUCUUCUCAGAUGACACUGUGGAGGGAUAUCAACUGUCCUAUAAACCAGUGAGCAACGAGAAGCACAGUGAUGAGCAGGCAGAGCAUACCCUAAAAGUCAAAGAAACAUACUGCACCAUUACUAACCUGUUGCCGAAUACACAGUAUGAAUUUUGGGUCAGUGCUUUAAAUGCCUCUGGUAUCAGUCCACCAAGUGAAAGAGCAGUUUAUGUGACAGCUCCUUCACCACCUAUCAUAAAGAGCAAAAAGAUCCGAAGCUGUGAAAACGCAGCACUGGUGUGCUGGGAAUCUGGAGACAUUAACCCUGUCGAUUCCUACACGGUUGAAUUGUACAAGCUGACAGAUGAACAAAACGAUGAUACUAUUACUGAAUCUAUUGUUGGGAUUCCUAACUGUGAAGUCCUAAUUCACCUCCAACCAACACAAAGGUAUCACAUCUGUGUUAGAGCCCAAAACCUAGGUGGCUCCAGUGAAAGAAGUGAACCUGUCCUGAUACACACCACAGGCACCUGCUUCUACCUUAAUGAGGACACAGCCCAUCCUUUACUGGCAAUCCUAGAUGACGGAUUUACAAUUUCAUGUGAUGAACUGGAAAACCCAGAGUGUGAUCUGCCCGUCUAUGAUAACAGCUUUACAAGGUGUAUUGCAAUCCUGGGCAGUCUGAUCCCAUUUCCAGGAAAGCAUUACUGGGAGGUGGAAGUUGAGGAAGAUACAGAGUACAGAACUGGCGUGGCUUUUGAGAACACUCCAAGACAUGGUCACCUGGGGGCAAACAACUCAUCCUGGUGCAUGAGGCAUAUCAUCACACCAUCAAGGCACAAGUACGAGUUCCUGCACAGCGGGAUGACACCAGACAUCAGAAUUACUAUUCCUCCUACAAGGAUUGGCAUCCUGCUGGACUACGAGAACUGCAGACUGUCAUUUUUCAAUGCAGAUAUUGCCCAGCACCUUUACACAUUCAACUCACGCUUCCAGCAUUAUGUCCACCCCUGCUUUGCUUUGGAAACACCUGGUAUCUUACGGAUACGUACUGGAAUUACAACGCCUCCAUGGACUGCCCUCCUAUAACCUGUGUUCUGCCACUACCACACCUACAUCUGCCCUCUUACAGCAUCAACUGCUCCAUCACACUCCUGUAAACCAGCUGUUUCCCAAGAAGAGCAAAGCAACCUGACCCAGAUCAACUGCCAGGCCUGAGCCCUUAUGAGUUACAUCCUCUUAGGAAGGAUCUUAGCAGAAAGCCACUAUGGUCACAAGAUCCAUCAGCAUCUCAGAAUCCUCCACUUAGAAAUAGAUACCAUCCUUCUCAGAGGUGACACUGUCAUCAUGCAGCAGUGGCAGCUGGAUCAUUUGGGUGAUCACUUAGGUGACCCCAAUACCCAUCUGAUGCCCAGGGAACUUCCCAGUUCCAGAGCAAUCAUUAAUUCUACUCCUGAGGCUGCUGAAGAGCCAAACAUUCAAAGAAAAACAAAAAUAGCAAAAGGCAUGAACAGUGUACAGCUGCUAGAGCUGAAAACACUCCAACCAUGAAGCUGAUCUCACAAUCAAGUUUUCUUGUUGCUACAUGAAGUCUGUGACACGAGAUAAUCAAAUACGCCUCCCCUGUGUGUGAACUGUUAGCGCCUACAUACCCAGUGAGGCUUUCUGAAAUACCCAAGCAUGCACUACAGUCUCAAAUAUAAGACACUUUUACAGAAUGCCCAUGUUUCUCAUUCACUCAUCCAGGGAAAAAACAAAAAAACAGGCAGGCUUUUUGCAGUGCUCCACUACCCUUAAAGAGAAACCAAAAGCAUCAUUUUUAGCUGUUUCUUUUUAGCUAUGCUCAUCUCCACUUGGGUGUAACCUCCCUCCACCCUCACAGAUCUGUUCCCCCCCUGAGCACUGCAGAAUUCUCACCCCACUGCUGUGCCCUUGAAGCUUUGGGUAUCCAUGGGGCUGGAAGGACUCUGGCCCAGCACUCAGUUGAGAUGUCCUUGUUUAGGCUUCAUUUUCAGACACCAGAUGAUCCAGACAGCUCUAAACAGCCUCAUCCGUGUAUGUCAAAACUACCUGAGCUCAAUCAAGAGUCAUUAACAGAGAAGCUUUUCCACAGAUUUAUUGCAUGUUCAUUACAAAAUUCACUGAUUUAAGUUUCCAUUCUAGGGGAUAGCCAGGAACAGGCAGGGGCCUCUUCAAUAUACAGGGUCUCUACAAAUAAAUGCCACUGGCAAAACUAAGAGAUUUGACAUAGAA